UGACAUGUAAUGGGUGAAAGGUUGAGUGGCACACCAAACCAAAACAUGAGCACAGUUUACUUUUGAGCAACUUAUUUAUUAAUUGAAAUAUCUCUAUUUGUCCUGUUGUAUCAAUCAUCGUCUUGGGACGACGGGGCAAGGAUAUAUCACCAACUCAGUUUUGACCCACCGUUAUUUGAUUGGUGCUUUUGUUUCAGAAUAGGAGUGAUAUGUUUUAUGCUUUGCUAUGCUGCAAUAAUCUAAGCGAGUGGAGUUGAAGCAUAACUGUUUCUAGGGCUUUUUCUGUAUAAAAAUGAUUUAUAGCUGAAAACAGCCGGCCCUGACAAUGCUAGGAACGUGUUUACCUAAAGUUAGAGAGAGAAGAGUCAAAGGAGAACACCAAGAUUUGUGACUGCAGAGUGAGAGUUAGUGCUUGUGAUAGACCCUGGACAACCAAAUAAGAGAACACUGCUGACGACAUUUCUGCUCACCCAUAAAAGCAAGGUUAAAUCAUCAUUCAACAUAUUAACGCAUCACUCCAGUAACAGGAAGAUCAUAAUGUUAUGACCUCAAAUAUUAUAUGACACAUUGUAUCUUACAGUGCUUUGCAGCCAUGGAUUUUGUUUUUCAUAGCCUAUGGCAUUAUCUUAGCUCAUUAGUUAUUUCAGUAGUUGUUUGCCUCAGACAUUAAGCACAAGCCCAUUUAGAGCCUCUAACUUACAUAAACCCUCCCCGGCCAUUGAAAUGCAUUUCUGGAAUGGCGUUCUCUGCCUGCUCCUGCAACAAUAUUUUAUCUCCCAACAAUUGAUUUGCCCUCCAACUCCACCACCACCACCCCCACCACCACCACCCUUUCCUACUUAAACUGAGUCCAUUAUGUUGUGCAAAGUCAUCAGUUGUGAACUAUGCUCGCAUUCGUCUUUACUCUCAUUUGUCCUCCACCGCAGCACGAUCGUACCGAGGCGCACCACAAGGAACACAACGCACUCAGGGACCGACGAUGCUCGUGUGUGUUAUGUCCCAGUGAACUGUGCGACACAUCAGCUUCACUGUUCUUAACUACAAAGUCAUAAACACAGUCACAGUGGCCACAUUGUUUCUGGGCUCUGAGUUAUGGAGCCUGCGUGUAUCGCUGAACGACCCAGUAGACACAAGCAGCGCCACAAAGGGCAGGGCCGGCUCCUUCACUCUAAGUGCAUAUACCAAACCAUCAGUGGAUGUGGAUCAAUGCUUAGUUUUACAGCUUUGCAUACUUGAAAUGACUGCGCAAAUAAAGACAGCUUAGACUGUCAAUCAGAGUCUAUUAGUAAAAAAAAUUCCUUCAGUAACAACCACACACACACACUCACUGCUCAGGACAGAGUGAUGGAGGAUGUGGAGUAAGUAAGGGUGGAGUUGCAGGAGAGAUCCUCAAAAUGAACAGGACCAGGACUUAAAAUGCAGCCGAGUAGAAACAGAGAUGGAUCUUUGGCGAGUGGAGAUAGAUUUGGAUCAUUUUGGGCAAUUAAGACUCUAUGAAUUUAACUUGUUUUUGCAUGAACACAUGAUGGACCUUGGACCUGUGUGUACAGAAGAGGAUGCUCUCCACUCACUCUGAAAGAAUGUUUUGGGUUUUUUUUACCCCUGCUGACUGGUCAGUGGUUGAAGUCAUGGCUCUCAUUUAAGUGAAUAUAAUUGCUGAUGCCUGAGCAAAAGCGCUGAUAAACAGGAGGCGGCCGGAGGAAAAGGAGAUGAUUGGCAGCAGGUGACGUUGAUGAUAGGACGCGAGCUGUUCUAUUAAAAUUAUCUGUUUAGGAACACGUAAGGGGAUACAAAUCAUUCCUUUAAAAUUUAAGCUUUUGCACGGGCCGUAUCUAAUGCAAGGCAACGAUGGAGUUGGACGGCAUGGAAGUACUUGCCAUUAUUGUUGUGAUUGGACUGUUUGUUGUCGUGCUCAAACAGUUUGGGAUUUGGGAGCCCUUAUCACUGGAAGAUAGCGGUGACAGUGACCUCGAGCUCUCCAUGGUGCGUCACCAACCCGAGGGCCUUGAUCAGCUCCAAGCCCAGACCCAGUUCACCAGGAAGGAGCUGCAGUCACUUUACAGAGGCUUCAAAAAUGAAUGUCCCUGUGGACUUGUGGACGAGGAAACGUUCAAGAACAUUUACGCACAGUUCUUCCCUCAAGGAGAUGCGACCACGUACGCACAUUUCUUGUUCAACGCCUUUGACAUGGACAGAAGUGGCUCCAUCCGCUUCGAGGACUUUGUGAUCGGGCUGUCCGUGUUGCUCCGAGGCUCCGUGACAGAGAAACUCCGGUGGGCUUUUAAUCUGUACGAUAUCAAUAAAGACGGCUACAUCACCAAAGAGGAAAUGUUGGCAAUAAUGACAUCCAUCUACGACAUGAUGGGCAGGUAUACUUCACCCAGUGUACGAGACGAUUCCCCUUUCGAGCAUGUGGAGAAAUUCUUCCAGAAAAUGGAUCGCAACAGAGAUGGAGUGGUGACAAUAGAUGAAUUCAUAGAAACUUGCCAAAAGGAUGAAAAUAUAAUGGCUUCCAUGCAACUCUUUGAGAAUGUCAUCUAAGUGUCUUUAAGAGACAGAGGUGGCUCAGUGACGCUGCAUCGUGCUUCCAGGCCUGAAAGAGUCACGCGACACGUUUUCCUACAUUUGAAUACAAACACCCCUAUUUUUCCAGGCAGAAAAACUCACUCAAAUGUUUCUUUGCAUGACAAAUGUUCCUUUUUUCUACACAUGCAAAAAAGAAUGAUGCCUUAUCAUUGCUACAAGAGCAUGAGUGAUUGCCCCACAAUUUAAAGCAUGUGACGCGAACCACAGGUGUUGAACAAUUCUUGAAACUCGGGCAUAAGGGGGGAUAGAAUUGUAUUGUAUUGCACUGCAAAAAACGUAGUAAUUUAUUCAGAUGUUUAUAUUAGGUCGUUAUAUCAUUUUGAGCGUACACCUGCUGAAAUGAAUGUCGACGUCCAUCGACUGUCGAGUAUCGUCUUUUUAUUAAGUUCCUCACAGACGGUAAUAAAUCUUAAAUGUGCCGAGAUGCUCUGACUUGUUUUUAUUAAAAUGCACAGUAUGCAAUAAAUGCUUAAGUAAUAUCUAA